ACAUGAUCACAUGGCAUCAAGCCUGUACCUGAAAUCAGGCCACUUCUGUAAUAUUUCUAUCACGUGACAGACUGGUCACAUGACAAACAGUGGCUUCUCAGAGGAAUUUGUUUUAUGGGAACUGCCUCCUCUGAUUGGCCGUGAGUUAUAAUCGAGGCUGCACACUCUCUCUGAUUGGCCAGCAGAAGCAGCGCUUCCUGGUUCUAUGCAAAUGAGGAAAUAGAGUUGCUUUUAAACCUGCGCUACGGUGGGAAACUCUGGCUUCACUUGACCGGGGGUUCAAAAUGUCACCUAGUAGCAGCUGUGCUCCGGUCCUGGUCGUCGUGUUCUGUCUUUUUGUAACUGCCUUUUGUAAAUUCCCCUCGUUGGACCACAUCAAACCGAAAGCCAGCGACGAGGCGCAGGGCAGAGCGGUGGUGGAGCUGCUGAAGCGCCUGCUCGGGACCAGGUCCACGGAGUUCAUCGUGUCGGUCAACAGCAGCCUUUCCAACGACAGCCUGGAUGUGUGUGAGCUCAGGUCCACUAAAGACAACAAGAUAGUCGCUACGGGCAGCACCGGAGUGGCCGUGGCUUCCGGCAUUUACAACUAUCUGAAAUAUUUCUGCAACUGUCAUGUUUCCUGGUCCGGUGACCAGCUGGAUAUGCCUCGUCCUCUGCCAAAGCUCACCGGCGUCCUGCGCAUCAACACCCCGCAUAGAUUCCGGUAUUACCAGAACGUCUGCACUUUUAGCUAUUCCUCUGUGUGGUGGGACUGGCCGAGAUGGGAGAGAGAGAUCGACUGGAUGGCACUCAAUGGAAUCAAUCUGCCGCUGGCUUUCACUGGCCAGGAAGCCCUGUGGCAAGAGGUUUACCAAGCUCUUGGGUUGAACCACACAGAGAUUGAAGAGUUCUUCUCGGGCGCGGCAUUUCUGGCCUGGAACCGUAUGGGAAACCUUUUCAGGUUCGGUGGGCCUCUGCCACAGUCCUGGCAUGUGAACCAGCUCUACCUCCAAUUUAAAAUCUUACAGCGCAUGAGAUCCUUUGGCAUGGUUCCUGUGCUGCCAGCCUUCUCUGGCAACAUUCCCAAGGGAAUCCUCAGGCUGUAUCCAGAAGCCAAUGUAACCAGAUUGAGGCCCUGGGCUCAAUUCAACUGCAGCUACUCGUGCUCCUACAUCUUAGACCCUCGCGACCCACUUUUCCUCCGGAUCGGUUCCCUUUAUCUGUCUCAGGUGGUCAAGCAGUUUGGUACAGAUCACAUCUACAACACUGACACCUUCAAUGAGAUGAGUCCACCCUCCUCUGACCCCACCUACCUGUCUGCAGUCAGUCGCUCUGUCUUUGCCUCAAUGACUGCAGUUGAUCCUCAGGCAAUUUGGCUGAUGCAAGGCUGGCUGUUCUUCAGUGACGCAGCGUUCUGGAAGCCGGCUCAGAUUCAGGCCCUGCUACACGGAGUGCCCCUCGGAAGGAUGAUCGUGCUGGACCUGUUUGCAGAGACCGAGCCAAUUUUCUCUUACACCAAGUCUUUCUACGGACAGCCCUUCAUCUGGUGCAUGCUGCAAAACUUUGGGGGCAACAGUGGAUUCUUUGGCACAGUGGAGAGCAUCAAUUCAGGGCCCUUCAAAGCCUUACACUUCCCAAACUCCACUCUGGUGGGCAUAGGCAUGACGCCGGAGGGCAUCGAGCAGAAUCCUGUGAUGUUCGAAUUGAUGAGUGAGCUGGCGUGGCGCAAGGAGCCCGUCAACUUGUCCAAGUGGGUGUCGCUGUAUGCAAUACGCCGCUACGGCAGCACACAGGAGAACCUGACCGCCGCAUGGAGGCUCCUAUUCGCCAGCGUCUACAACUGCACUGUGCCACAUUACCGAAACCACAACCAUAGCCCACUGGUGCACCGGCCCUCUUUUCGCAUGAAUUCUGGUGUCUGGUAUCACCCAUCUGAUUUGUACAAAGCCUGGAAACUGAUUAUGGAGGCAGCUCCAUCUCUCAUGUCCAAGGAGACUUUCCGGUACGACCUUGUGGAUGUGACUCGGCAGGUCCUACAAGUCCUGACGACUUCCUUUUACCAGGAUAUCGUAGAGGCCUUCCAGAAACAAAAGCUGCCAGAGCUGCUGAUUGCAGGCGGGGUGCUGGUCAAUGAUCUCUUGCCUGAACUUAAUCGUUUGCUGAGCAGCGACCGCAACUUCCUGUUGGGGACAUGGCUGGAGCGGGCCCGAUCCUUAGCCCUAGAUGAGAAGGAGGCGCAGCUCUACGACAUGAACGCCAGAAACCAGCUGACCCUAUGGGGUCCCAGUGGUGAGAUUCUGGACUACGCCAGCAAAGAGUGGGGAGGUCUUAUGGAGGACUACUACGCCCAGCGAUGGGGCCUUUUCGUUCACACCCUGGUAGAGUGUCUGGACAGCGGACGACCAUUCAAGCAGGACGCCUUCAACCAGGAGGUUUUCCAGGUAGAAAAGGGAUUCAUUUACAACGGCCGCACGUACCCAGCCAAGCCUCAGGGAGACACGUACGAGAUCGCCCGCAGGAUCUUCCUCAAGUACUACCCACAGGCCUUGAAGACACUAUAGUGAGCAGAGACACCAUUUUGGAGAAAAAAACCUCAAGUCGCAGCAAGAAGAAUGUCGUCCUCCUCCACCUCCAGUUUUCCAUGGCUGUCCCAAAACGUUUUGAUGUAGAAAAUCUAACAGCCUGAAUUUUGCAGGAACAAUCUGUUUUGCACAUGCAGUAAAAUCAGUCUUGGAUAGUUGUGCAUGUUGCAGGAGAAAAAAUGAUUUUCACUUAACAUUCACACUGAUUAAAUUUCCAAUCCAAUGGAAUUCA